UUAUCCCAACACUCUACAGGUAAUAUUAUAAGUAAAUCAAAAACUUUAUUAAGGUCGACAACACUCGAAUCCCAUAAUGACCGAAGAAAAGGAGUUAAUAAAAAAGCGAGGCAGUUUUAAAGGCCGUUUAACUGCAUUUAUUAAUUAUUUGCAUACACUAACUGAUGAACCGUUAAGUCUCUCGGAUGCCAGAGAAUUACAAUUACGUAUGGGUAAAAUUGAGUCGUUGUAUGAACAGUAUGAUCAGGUACAGUUGCGCCUUGAAUGUAUAGUUGAUAAUAGUGAAGAGCAAUUUAAAGAGCGCUCCGACUUUGAAUCACAAUAUUUCAAGGCAAUCGCGAAAGCCCAAGGUUUACAAAAUGUUAAUGUUGAGACUAUGAGCAAUAUGGGUAGUGAUGGAGGUACUCGAGCGAGCAAUAAUCAUAAGCUGGUGCGUCUUCCGACCAUCCAGCUACCGCGAUUCAGUGGUUCAUACGAUGAUUAUUUGGAAUUUAGAGACACCUUUACUAGCCUUAUACACAACAAUGAUGAAAUAGACGAAGUGAAUAAAUUUCACUAUUUGCGUGCAUCGUUAGAGGGUUCUGCUGCCGUGGUAAUUCAAUCAGUUGAGUUUUCAUCUAGUAAUUAUGCUGUUGCGUGGAAACUUUUGUGCGAUAGAUUUGACAACAAACGUCUGUUGAUACAAAAUCAUGUGUCUUCUUUGUUCAAUGUGGAAGCAAUAACAAGGGAGUCAUCAGCAAAUUUAAAGCGGUUAAUUGAUCAGGUAAAUAAAAACUUGCGGGCACUUGAAUCAUUAGGUGAACCUGUCAAACAUUGGGAUACCCUUUUAAUCCAUAUUAUUACCCAUAAAUUAGAUAGUAAAACUUAUAGAGAGUGGGAGGAAUUUAAGGGGCAUUCACAUAAAGAUACUUCAAUUACCUUUGACACCUUUCUAGAAUUUAUCCGAAAUCGUGCAGAUUUGAUUGAAACAUUAGAGCUUUCACGUGUCAAUCAGGGCAAUUUAAAUCAUAAAUCGACUAUGAAAUUAAAAUCUAUGGUUUCAGUUCAUGGCAGUCAUCCACAUCAGAAUUCCAAUACAGCAGAAUCACAUAAUCGAAUCUGCCCUGAGUGUAAGGGUGACCAUAGUCUAACCGGUUGCCCCCAGUUUCUUGCGUUGAGCGUUGAAGCGCGCCUAAAGGUACUAGCCAGUUUUAAGGUAUGUUUCAAUUGCUUUCGUGUAGGUCAUUUUGCUAAUCUAUGUAAAAGGCCAGGUUGCAAAAUAUGCAAGCGUCGACACAACACUCUGAUUCAUGCAGCCAAUGAUCAUCAUAUUCGUAAUGAAAAUAGAGUCGUAUCUGAAACUACACCUUUAGCGUCGUCUUCAACGACUGCUGCUUCUGACAAUGUAACUUUAGCAGCAAAUAUGUCUAGUUAUAAUAAAAUUCAAUGUGAUGUAUUAUUAUCUACUGCGUUGGUAAAAUUAUAUGACAAGAAUAAUCACGAACAUAUAGUACGUGCAAUAUUAGACAGUGGUAGUACAUCAAGUCUAAUGACUGAGAGAUUGUGUCGACAAUUAAAUUUGGAAACCUGUCAGGUAGAUAAGUCAAUCAUGGGUGUAAAUAACGCAACUUUACGCGUAGGCAAAACUUGUCAUGUGCACAUGACGUCGUUGAAUAACAGUUUCUCUUCUGAGCUUCAAUGUUAUGUUUUGCCAUCAAUCACAAGUAAUGUACCCGGUCACGAAAUUAAUAUUUCUAAUAUUGACAUCCCUACUGACAUUAGUUUGGCGGAUCCUACGUUCUUUGUACCAGCAGAUGUUGAUAUCUUGAUUGGUGCCGAUCUCUUUUGGGAUUUGGUAGGGACGCGGAGAAUAAUAUUAGGUAAGAAAAAGCCUGUAUUGUGCGAAACCAGAUUAGGGUGGAUAAUUUCAGGUCCUAUCUUUAGUCAUCAUGACACAAUUAUGCAUUUAAAUGAUAUAAAAUGUAAUUUUAAUAAAAUUGAUUCUAGUGCAAGUCAUGAUUUGGACGACAUUCGAGCUGACUUGACACGAUUCUGGCAGCUGGAAGAGAUAUGCUCCAAAUCAAAUUAUUUUCCGGAAGAAAGAAUGUGUGAGGAACAUUUUGUUGCGAACACAACGCGCCUCGAUGACGGUCGUUUCUGCGUCCGUAUACCGCUUAAACAUGAUUCUUCUGUUUUAGGUAAUUCGUUUCAUCGAGCGGAACACUGUUUAUUUUCUUUAGAGCGUAGGUUGACGAGCAAUCUUGAAUUGAGAGAUAUGUAUAGCAACUUCAUGACAGAGUAUAAAUCGCUUGGCCAUAUGUCAGAAUAUAAACAGCCUGAGGUAGAUGAAAAGGAAUAUUUCAUUCCUCAUCACGGUGUUAUGCGAGAUAGUAGCACGAGCACCAAACUCCGUGUUGUAUUUAAUGCCAGUUCUCCUACGACCUCAGGUGUUUCUUACAAUGACAUUCAAAUGAUUGGUCCCACCGUCCAAGAUGAUUUGAUAUCCAUAUUGCUUCGAUUUAGGCAGCAUAAAUAUGUUUUGUCUGCAGAUGUUGAAAAAAUGUACAGACAAAUAAUUGUCCACCCGUCUGAUAGACAUCUGCAGCAAAUACUGUGGCGUAGUAAUGUAGCUGAGCCAAUUACAAAAUUCAUAUUGAACACGGUCACAUAUGGAACAUCCAGUGCUCCAUUUCUGGCUACACGCUGUCUAAAGCAGUUAGGAAUCGACUGCAAGGAUGAUAAAAUUUCCGAGAUCAUUCAACAUGAUUUUUACGUUGAUGAUCUAUUAACGGGCGGUAACGAUUUGGCUGAAGUUCAAGCUAUACGUAAGCAAGUUACUAAUGUACUUGCUUCUGCAUGUAUGCCAUUAAGAAAAUGGAAAUCGAAUAAUCCUCUUUUGAUGAUUGAUCCUCAGGACGUUCAAGCAUCAUCAUUCGAUUUGAAUAUUGGGAGUGAUGAGCCAAAUAAGUUAUUAGGUCUUAGUUGGCACACAGAUUCUGAUGAACUCUGUUUCCCAAUAAGUUCUCUAGUUCCUAAUGGUAAUACAAAACGUGAUAUUCUUUCGAUGAUUGCUCGAAUUUUUGACCCAUUGGGACUUUUGGCUCCAUGCAUAAUUAAUAUGAAAAUAUUGUUACAGCAGCUUUGGAUUAAAAAAUUAGCUUGGGACGAACCAUUAACUGAUGAUAUUAAUCGUCAUUGGAAUUACAUUCGUAAAACUUUGCCUCUUUUGAACGAUCUUCGUGUACCGAGGAUUGUUAUUUGCGACUCCUGUAAGUCGUUAGAGUUGCAUGUUUUUUCGGAUGCUUCAGAGCGUGCAUAUGGAGCUUGCAUUUAUUUGCGUAGCGUCAGUACUUCUGGUGAAGUUAUGGUUCGAUUGUUAACGGCUAAGAGCCGAGUAGCUCCUAUUAAGCCUACCACAAUACCUAGGUUGGAACUGUGCGGUGCGUUGAUGGGAGCGCGGCUAUAUGAUAAGGUCAUCACGUCGCUUAGAUCGGGAAUAGAUCAAGCUUACUGCUGGACAGAUUCCACCAUAGUUUUAGGUUGGUUACGUAUGCUGCCUUCUAGACUUCAGCCUUUUGUACGUAAUCGUGUUGCUGAAGUCUUAGACAGGACAGAAAAUUGUACAUGGCGACACGUACCAACUGAUGAAAACUCAGCAGAUCUAAUAUCUCGUGGUGUGGAUAUUAGUAAUCUGCAAGGUUUAAACUUAUGGUGGUCUGGUCCGCAAUUUCUCAUGAAUGACUUGUCGAAGUGGCCUACGCAACUGAAGAGACAAUUGGAGUCUGACACUAUAUUCUUAGUAUCUGAGUUCCUACUGAUUCAUCUGCGAAGGAGACAAUUGGAGUCUGACACUAUAUUCUUAGUAUCUGAGUUCCUACUGAUUCAUCUGCGAAGGAGACAAUUGGAGUCUGACACUAUAUUCUUAGUAUCUGAGUUCCUACUGAUUCAUCUGCGAAGGAGACAAUUGGAGUCUGACACUAUAUUCUUAGUAUCUGAGUUCCUACUGAUUCAUCUGCGAAGGAGACAAUUGGAGUCUGACACUAUAUUCUUAGUAUCUGAGUUCCUACUAAUUCAUCUGUGA